AUGAGAGGUGUAAUACUGUUCGUGCACCCGCUUGGCACUGGUGAAGCGGCCAAAAUCUACGGCCACGGGUGUCACGUUUUGAUUGAGGCGGCCGAACAUCAGGGGAAAUAUGCCGCAUUGAACAUACCACUGCCGAACACGGCACAAGAUAUGACACCGCCGGCGCAGAAGAGAGCCAAGACAAUAACCCAACAAGAAACACCCCAAUUCACUUUCACUAACAACGCGUAG